AUGCUAGGUCCUCGGUGGACCACCAGGAUCCACAUCCCCACGACGACGUCUCGCGCACAGGGGUUGCUGCGGCAGUGGGGGACCGUCAGGGGAAUGUUAGAGGGGUGGGGGGGCUAUAUAAGGCCGACGCGAGGGGGGGAGAGCUCAGUUCGUCCAACAGGAGCGUAUCGGUUGCGUCGUAUCGAGCACGUCGUAUUGCACACGGGCAUCCGGCGGCGAAGGAGCGCGUCUUGCGCUCCUCGGGCCGCACUCGCAAGGCGCUUGCCGUCUCGUCACCGGCAGAGAAACAAGGAGUCGUUGGGCGAAAUCGGAGAGAACGUUGUUUCGCGACAGAGGGAACAAACUGCGGAUCUCGGAGGCGGACGAGAACGAUGCAUUCCAUGUCGCCGCGACGAAGGAGACGGCCGCGACCUCGACGUUUUCAUCAGGAACGCGCGCAAUCGAGGUCACGAUAUUAACACUUCAGCGGCCUCAAGCCGCCAUCCAGCGUUCGUCCAGCGUUACGUAUUUUCAAUAACCAUCCCCGGGAACUGCACGGGAAAUGAAUUUCACGAAAAAUUCCCAUACAAGGAUGGGAGACACGACGUUUAUCGGGAGAACAACUCGCUGGGACGGCAAUGCCGAGCUCGAGGGAAAUCCUGGACUUUCCUUAAAACGCUCGAGGAGCUCACUGCUCCGAAUCAAGAGCAGGAACGAAAGAGCGAGCAGCAGCUGGAGCGAGAGGAGCAAGAGGAGAACGAGCAGAGAGACAGAGGGAAAAGGGAGAGGAGCGUAACUACAGGCGUCAUGAUGAAGGUACACGUAUUCUUUUUAAGGCGGAACACUUUACUGCCGCUCGUUCCACGGCGGUAAUGGAGGAAGGCCGGCCACCCCCGAAGAAUUAAUUCGGGGCUAAAGCCGAGAGGCGAACGAGAGAGAAAGAAGAAGGGUGGGUGAGAGAGAGAGAAAGAGAGAGAGAGGGGAAGGAAGGAGAAGAGAGAUGUGUGAGUGAGCGAAAAAACCCAUCCCCCGAUAUCGAGUCGCUCGGCCGGAAGUGUUAGUGUCUACUUACCACUCCUUCAGUUAGCUUUUUACUUUAGUUGACCGCAUUAGCGCUCGGUCUCCCGUUUCGCAGGGGCGCCGCCGCCGGGGCGAUUUCUAAUUUAGCCGCCAAUUUGAGCGUCGGUAGUCGGCCCCCGGAGAGAAUCAGAUAGCGGAAUUUCCAACUCGACGUGAAGUCGACGCGGCCCCUUCAGCAAGAUUCUAUUUCGCGCGGGAUAUUAAUUUCUCGCCCGUCUUCUUCUGCGCGCGCGCCUACGCGUCCGUCCUCUUCGCGGUUUCUCCUUAGUAACGACCAACUACUGUUCAUUGAUAACGCGACGCCCGCAAAACACUCUUCCUCGUUACGUUCUUAUUUUAUUAUUUAUUACUGCGCGGAAGAAAAACUGUGAUUGGAUUAAUCAAAGUUUCGUGGUCAAGUAUGAGUGAAUCAGAAUUUCGGUUGAGAAAGAGAGAGAGAGAGAGAAAGAGUGAGUUUCAUUUCAUACAACUGAGUGCGAAUAACCAGACGAAAAAUUCGCUAACGAGAAAUAAUAUUUCUGUUAUUAUUAGCGAAAACAUUUAUCUGAACAUUUAGCUGCAUUGAAAUUCGGUUAAGAUGAAUGAAAGACAAUUGGCUGAAUAGAAUCUUCCUACAGAAAUCUUUCUGUUCCUAUGACCAAGUUCUCGCUCCUCAGAUGACAGGAAAUUUAGUCACGCUAAUGGAAUUAUAUUCUCCGCGGCCAAAAUAACCGGGACACGCUUCUUAACGUUAGUGAAAUUCACACGCCUACUGACGGGUUAAACGUAGAUUAAAGGUAGAUUCAACGAUAGUUCCAUCCAGUGUUGCCAACAUGAUGAUGAUGGUUGGCUUAAACAUCAACAAUCUGAGGCCUACUUGUUCGCAAUGUUAUGUCUCGCGUUUAAAUCGAUGACGGACAAAUUCACGAUUAAAUCCAAAUAUAUUCGACUCAUUUGACCAUUAGUAUUAAUUAUGUUGAGAUAACUUGUAACGGAAUAUAUAAUUGAUACAAUUAUGAAAAUAAAUAAUUGAUCACAAUUGCAUUCACACUUUUAAACACGCUUCUUUAUUUCUUGUUACUUCUUUUUUGAAGUUUAUCUUAUUUUCAUCGGGCAAAUAUAAAUUUAUUGACAAAACGUCAUUAGUAACGUAAUAUUAAAAAAUAAAAUUUGUACAAAUGAAUAAAAUUUAGAAAAUUAAAAUUCCAACGUACGCACGGCGCCAUGGAUACCCCAUCAUUUUCUAGACUGAGAGUUACACAAUUUUGAGCUAUAUGCGUACACGAAUAAGGUUGAAAUCAUUAUAAUUAAGAAACCAUUAUAAUCCUACCAUAACUAGAGUUACUUAUGCGAUUUUCCAUCUCAAGCGUUAUAAGGCCGAAAUGCCGAGCAUGUCUAAGGCCGAAAAUCGUGUAACCCUCGAUCUCGAUCUAGAGGAUGAUAGGGCAUUCAUGGGGUCGUGCGUGUGUCAUAUGUUCGUAUAACACACAUGUUCAUGCCGUAACUCACAUGUUCGUACAGGGAUAAAUAAGUUCUACUUUUUCAUACUAUGCAAAGGGAGAUUAAGAAAAAUUUACGUGAAAAAUAAAAUGUUACAAACAAGUUAUUAACAAAGUUAUUAGGAAGUUACUAACAAGUCGGUAGAUGUAAUAAAAAAAAUAAUAAAUGCAGCAAAACGCGACGCACCUAUUCCCGAGCCUGGACUACUAAUACCCGUCUUUUUUUCGGAUAUAUGUUUAGAAACUAUUCCCUUCAUUCCGUUAAAAUUAUUAUUGCGACCGUUUACGCGAAUUUCCAUAAUAACGUAUUUUAUAUUUUUUUGUUAAAUACAGUUUUAUUUACUAUUCCUUAUUAACUCUCUAUUGCUCAGCAGAGAAGUUUUCAGAGCAGAUAAUUGAGGAAUAACCGUCAGAAAGACAGAUAUUAGUAACCAACAUUAAAAUAAGACGUUAGUAGUGUAAGAUUAAGGGUUGACGUAAGGAGUGGCGAGAAGGAGACGCAAUACCCGUUAUUAUAAAUCCCGUUCCUAUUAUAAAAUCGCUCGUGCGAAACGCUACCUAACAUACGCUUAUUCACUCGCUCGUUUACGAAUUAAACGACCAUCUCCCUCCUUCCCCCCCCCUCUCUCUCUCUCUCUUCCGCCUUGAAUUCUUGCCUCGUCUCGAGGUUGCGGCAUCCGCUUACCGAACGACGCAUACCUCAUCUUUCCCCUCGUGCUGUAAGCCCGCCGCCUGGUUUAGACCUGAAAAUCCCGGAACCUCCUUUCUUCGCAUUUACUGGGGUUCUGGACAUUCUUGGCGCGGUUGCUCGCCCCCUUGUACCGUUUGCUUCCGUCGAAGCAGCCUCUCCAUCGCGAGCCGGAGGCCUAUUCAUCCCCUCGUGCGCAUAUCGCCGUUAGCGCGAGCGAGAGGGCCGCAAGCUCGGCCAGUACGAGCGGGACGAGAGAAGAGAACGAGCGUUAGAAAGAGAGAACAGUGAGCGAGCGAGCGCGCGUUAGACGGAGAGCGCGGUAGUCGCGACGCCACUUGCCAUGCGCGGCCGGAGACGACCGAGGCUCGACGAGACGGUCGCUCAGUCGUGCGCGAGCCGUGCAGCGUAACGGUUGUGAUAGGAAUACGGUACCUAUUCGUUCGUACGAUUGAUUGCGCGCGAAGAAGCUUGGGACGCGACGCAAUCACGAAACGUGCGCGCGCGUGUUACAUCAGCAGCCACACGGCGGAGUCUGUGCGAACACCGCGACGCAUCUUCGGCGCGAGCCAGGAGAGGAGGCCGAGGUGAUCGCUCUGCGACGCGCCUCGCUCUGGUGUCACGUGAAGCGUCUCGCGAUACGCGAACGAAGAAGCGCGGAUCUUCGUCAGUGAGUAAUCUCCGUCGACCGAUUGUGCGAUGAUGCGUGACGGACGAGCGAAGUCGGUGAGAGCGAAUGCGCGGGUGUAUCUUCGACUUGAGUACGUGGAAUCCGCCGUGAUUCGUCGUACGAGCAGAGCCGGUCGGUCGGUGGCUCCUCUCGACGCUCUGCGACAAUUAUCUCGGAAUCUUAUCGGCGAUCAUCCAUUUAUCGCGCGUAUCCUCCGGAUAUCUGAGUAACUCGACGCGCGCGGUCGUAGGGGGAGACCGACCGGGACUGAUAUUGAAAAAUGACUGUUGUAACUAUUUGCGGGCAACCUUGAGCUUAUGAUUGGCUCAUAGGCAGAGGAGUCUAACGAGCACAGAGCCGUGCAGUGUGCCGCGCGUGUAUGAUACGACGGCGAGAGAGAGAGAGACAGACUCGUGUGCGGGUAUCGAUAUUCCGGUAGACGACAGUGUAUCGCGUUUCUCGGCAUCUUUUUCUCUCCCCGUCAGCUCUACCCGGGUGAAUUUAUCGCGAGUGUAUGUCUGUUAUCGCAACGGCGACGACGACGACUUCGAUAAGCUCGACGUGCGCUAUGUAACGCGCUUUCCACGUAAGAGAGAUUCUUCACAGCACUCGGAACUGGAUACGCCGCCCGACGGAUGAAUUCUCGGCGGUCAUGCGUAUACGUUACUCGCGGAUCUCUUGUUAUCUCAUUUUUUUUAUCUUUUUCGAAAUUCGCGCACUCGGAGAAUGUUCACGCGCGAUAAAGCGGCCGACGAACGAGAAUCCGCGUUUGUUGCCUUCAGAAAUUCGCUCGCGCAAAGCCAGACCCACAUUCCCCGACAUAAAGGUGAAACGUUUCGGGCUCUCGACCUAAUAACUUUACUGCCUCCCUCCACGCGUUGCGGCCGGAACGAGAGAAAGAGGGAGAGAGGAAAAAGAAAGAGAAACACGCACGGAGAAGGAGAGCCGGUGAAAAGGUUCGCAAAUUUGCGCCGGAUUGUAAAGCCAGUCCGUAAAGCGUUUUAUUAUUUGCAACGAUGCCGCGGACGGGUCCAAAUAACGAUAACAACGUGCCGCACGCGCGGGUCAUCGCACGCACGCCGCCGAGAUCGUUCGCGCGUUAUAAUGGUGAAUCGACGAGAGAGCCGCUCUGCUCGUCGACGCGGCCCCGGAAUCGUCGCACGGCGACAAUUUCCGCGAACCCACCUCCAUCUCCUCCUCCCUACUCAAUCUCUCUCUCCCUCCCUCUUUCUCUCUCGCUCAAACGCUGCUGCUGCUGGACCUUUUGUGCGUGCAAUUUCCACGUUUUGUUUCACGCCGACAGAAGCGAAACGUGUGUGCCAAUCGUGCGCGUAUACGUGUGAUUGGUGAGUGAGUGUGUGCGUGUGCGUGUGUGUGUGUGUGUGUGUGUGCACACGCCGCGUGUAGUAUUUUCGGCGGCCAACAGAUCGAUCGGUGUGGCCCGCUUGUCGGUCGUUGUUUCUCUCGUCGUCGUCGUCGGCAGCGGUUAUGUGUUCGCCAUGUGGACGGCGAUACGCACGGAUUCGCGACGUUAAAGUCGACCCGUUUGUAGCAAAUGACCGUUCGUAUCCCGACAUCAGUGACGACCUUCGUAGAAGAGCGUUUCGCUUAUUCUUUCCUUCACGGACAGACUUUCAUGUCUGUUACGUGGCAGGUAGGAAAAAAUCGCACGUUGAUGCAAACUUCACAAUCUUCUUGAUUACAUUCGUGAGGCACGCAAAUAUACAGUAUCAAAUCAAUCAUUAGAUCAGCAGCACACGAUCAUGCAAGUGUCUUGUUGCAUUGAGAUGCAGAGCAACAAAUUCUCUCAAAGUUACACUCGGACUUUUAAAUUAUAUUUCGCGCGACGACAUUGUUUCAAGCGAAUUUUGAUCAUUUCUUCCGCAUUUCUUCACUCUGUAGUAAAUGAGUAUCAUAUGAAGCACUUGUAAGACGCGCAAUCUUCGCAAAUCGAUUAAUACAGUUGCUGCCUUUGCAUACAUUUGUCUGCCCCUUCGAUACUUAUCGAUACUUGACCUGUAUCGGAAUGCAACUGUCUACAAAAAGGGACGGUAAACCGAGAGGAUCUUCUCCGAAAAUAAUAAAUUAACUUCAGUUCAGCCGCUCGGCUGACCUCGCCGAGUCAGAAGACUAUAUCCUUUUGUGUUUCCUUGAAUUAGCCAUACUUAUCGUCGUGAAUGGUAUCGGGAAACACACGUUGGCACGUCGUGAUGUCAUCUCGACCCACAACUACGUUUGCCGUUAAAAGGAAGAGAAAGAGGGACACAACGAGAGAAGAAGCAGUCCUGUCGCAAGAUCGCAUUACGAUGAAUCGGUCGGAAACACUCGCUCAGUGAAUUUCCCGAGCCGACUGGGCCCGCGGUCGCGGCGUGGAAACCGCGAUAAAGCCGUCGCCAACAUUGUGUCUCUGGUCGGAUGUAAAAAUAAAAGGAAGCAGACGCGUGUCUCAAGGCUAACAGACCGCGUAUUACCCCUCUCAGGAGCGUAGAAUCACGCGCUCGACUGUUCCCCCGGCUCACUUUACUCAUCAAGGUGUUCAAUUGCACCGAUACCUGUCCGUCGCGGAUCGUGAGCACGCCUCUGUUCUUUCGUCCCUUUGCUUCCGCCGGCGAGUUUGAUCUUUCGACAACGAUCUCUGCGGAUCUUUCAAAGAUCCGCGACUCUAUCGCGCGUCACUUGCUCCACUCAACGAUUGCUGACAGUGAGAAUUGACGCUUGGUCUCUGCCAACUUUUUCCCCGGGGCAGAAGCAGAGACGAUCGCGAAAAUCGCGCGGGAUCGAUUCAAUCAUAUUCUUAUUGCGCGGGACGAAAUGAAGUGUGAACCGCCGCUCUCGUUAAUUACCGCUCGUAAAUUACUGUGAAUUUAUCACAGUGGAAUUUCAUAAGAAGCAAACGCGAGAGGGCGAACUGCUGGGGGAUUUCGGCGUGCGAAAUCGAUGUAUUAGUUAUUACGCAACUUUAUAUUCGCCACGAACAGCGAGUUAGAACGCAAGCCACCCCGAAACAUCACGUGUGUGUGUGUGUGUGUGUGUGAGCGAGCGGAUGGAUGGUUGUUGCGAGCGAGUAGAGGGUCUGUUUUUUUAUUGAUAGUGCGACGAUCAAACACGGACGUGCGCGAGCGAUGUAAUGGAAGGGCAGGAGGAAGUAAAGGAGGCUCGGGAGAGGAAAG